AUGUUGAGCCGCUGGCCGUUCAAGAAAGCCCAGGACCUCCAGAUCAGAGUCGUCUAUCCUACCGGCGCACACGAACUCUUCCCCUUACUGGUGCCCAAAAACGAUUUGGAUGAAUAUUGUCCUUCGGAUGACCUUCUUAACGUCAUUCAUACCACAGUUACCUACUAUGUAACUGACACUCGACCAGAGCGGUAUUUGCCAGAGCCUGGAGGAUCGGCAACGACCAAGAUCCCACUCUUGGAUGCAUCAUUAAAUUUGAGCUCAAAGCCGCUCUUGAAAGAGCUUGCGAAGACAAUCCAAUUGAAUAACAGGCCGGAGUUUCUGGAGCAGCUUGGCUGGUACAAUUGGGUGAUCAAGUCUCUGGUCGAAGGGAAAGAGAUCGGCCAACAGAUUGGCUCGUUUGUGGGGCCCCAAGUGGAGCUCUUACAGGGGUACGAGACCUGGAGCAGUCAUGUUUAUGGCAAACUCAAGCCCCGGUUCGUCUUGGAGAUCAUCCGGCACGUCGGCCUAAGACUCGGCAUGGUCUUCCUUGACCUCGGCUCCGGCAUCGGUAACAUCGUCAUCGAGGUCGCCCUCAAGGUUGCCUGCGUUGCCGUUGGCUUUGAAAUCAUGUAUGGCUGCGCUAAACUUGCUAACCUUCACCGCUCCAAACUUGUUGGUCGCGCUCACUCCCUGUGGGGUGUCAACCUCGGCACCCCUCUUCUCUUCCAGGCUGACUUCACUAAGGAUACCCAAAUCGCUGAAUGA